AAAGUUAAAAAUAUAAAAGCCACGUGCAUAGCGUAAGGAAGUGACACGUCGGAUUCUAUGCACCGCCGUGAAGAAGAACGUGUCAAACCCUCACCACCUCUCUCAUAUAUUUUUUUCCUAUCGUUCAAAUUCUGAAUUAAAUCCAUUAUUUAUAUACUCUCCAAAUUAAUUAAUCUAAACAGAGACAAGAGGCGAAGGUUGUUCGAUCAAGGGAAGGAAUUUAUUAAUGGCAGGAAAUGAGGAAUGGAGAAAGAACGCAGACACGCACAAGAUGUCGCCGGAGGAGGUGAGGAGCGCCGGAGUUGAAGCAUCCAAGCGUCCUCCGGGAAGCAACCCCGGCGGAAUCCUCCACCAGCGGCGGAGCUUGCCCUACAGCCUUACAACUAUUACCCUCGUCGGAUUUGCAGUCACCGGCGCCAUGUGGUACUUCACUUUGUACACCAAGAAGAAGCCUGAAGCCACCGCCGCCGACGUUGCUCGAGUUGCCACCGGUAUGGCUAAUCCAGAAGACACGCGCCCCCGCAAGUAGAAGAACUCCGAUCGUUGGUUUCAUUUUUUUUUUUUCUCUCUCUAACUUAUUGCUUCUUGUGUACUAGAAAGUUUGUUCCAGCCUUUUGGGAGAAAUUGAUGAAUCACUUCACCUUUUUUUUGUUUUUUUCUUUUUUUUUUUAGCUCUCGAAAUUAAAUGAGUGAUAUAAAAACUCGAAUAUAUAUUAAUUAUACUUGGAGUACUGUCAAGUUUGUUACAACAUAGAAUGUUUAAAUUUUUUUGUUUGUUUCUGGUGUUGAUCAAUUCUUG